CUUAUUUCCUUAUUUUAUCACAAUGGGCCUGUUAAUAUCUAAAAUUUGGAGUUUGUUCGGAAACGAGGAGCAUAAGUUAGUUUUGGUGGGCUUGGACAAUGCUGGCAAAACAACUAUCUUGUACCAGUUGUUACUUGGUGAAGCUGUUCACACUCGGCCAACCAUUGGCUCCAAUGUUGAAGAGAUUGUGUGGCGCAAUCUACGCUUCGUCAUGUGGGAUCUAGGAGGUCAACAGAGUCUACGUUCUGCAUGGAACACCUAUUACACAAAUAGUGAGUUUGUGAUAAUGGUGAUAGACUCGACAGACCGCCAGCGUUUGGCUAUAAGUAGAGAGGAGUUACAUCGGAUGCUGACCCAUGAAGAGCUCAGCAAGGCUUGUUUGUUAGUCUUCGCAAAUAAACAGGAUGUGAAAGGUUCGAUGACGGCAGCUGAAAUAUCAGAGCAAUUGUCGUUGACAUCUAUCAAACAGCAUCCGUGGCAUAUACAAGCUUGCUGUGCGCUAACAGGAGAAGGAUUGCACCUGGGUUUGGAAUGGAUCGCCAGCAGAAUAAAGAAGAAAUAAUGUGUUGUGCAAUAUUUUGUUAUUUUACCCUGUACG